AUGUUCAAAUCCGAGGCAUUCCGCUCCGACCGUGGGCUGGGCAAAGUAGCGCUAGCGGCUUUUGGGCUGGGCGUGUUCAUGACUCUUCACGUCUCUCUGCUGAUCUAUACAAAAUGUGUGGCCCUGAUGGACCCGUCUUUCGACGCAAUAGCUUCUUCGCGCUGGCAGUGUCUGGAACAAUGGAGUUGGUACGCGUUGGCACUAGGAUUUUUCCACUUAAUGGAAUUUAUGAUGACGGCUGCCUAUCGUCCGACAAAUGUCAGCUAUGAGUCUUUCCUACUAAAUCACAGUCGAGAAUACCAUUUAGCAGUAUUAUUGAGCUGUGUAGAAUUCUGGUUGGAAUUCUAUUUUGUACCAAUGUGGAAAUUACAUUCAUUUGUGCGUCCAGUGGGAAUGGCAUUCGUCAUUGGGGGUCAAUUCUUUCGAAUGGCGGCAAUGAGCACUGCUGCGAACAAUUUCUCUCAUCGGAUUGAGUAUUUCAAGAGGAAAGAGCAUCGGUUAGUUACACACGGAGUGUACCGCUUUAUUCGUCACCCAAGCUAUCUCGGCUGGUUUUGGUGGAUUGUAGGCAGUCAAAUUCUUCUAGCCAAUCCGGUGUGUGCUUUGGGCUACACCCUUGUAGCCUGGAGUUUUUUUCACGAUCGUAUUCCGUAUGAGGAGCAAUUGCUGCUUGGUUUCUUUCCAAACGAGUAUCCUGCGUACAAAGCUCGUACUUUUAGCGGUAUUCCAUUUGUAUGA